CGCGGCGAGCUCCCCAUCUCGCUCAGCGACAGCCAACUCUCUCCAGCCACCCUUCCCACCAGUGCACAACCCGCGAUCGCCAGGUCUCUAGACAUGUCUCUCGUUGACAUCCUGGUUGACAUCCGCAUCGAGCUACCGGCCUACUCUCACUCCUUUGUCGUCCAAGUUGACCAGUCGUCCAGCAUUGGCGACGUCAAGCGCGAGAUCUCCAAGACCUGCACCGGCGCGCCACGCGUAGAUGGUCAGCGGCUCAUAUACAAGGGACGCAUCUUGAGUGACGACGAGAAGGUGGCAGACACCUGGAAGUCGCAGCAUGACGCGCACACCUUGCAUUUGGCAGUCCAUCCUUCAGCAUGGACGUCCGCACCGCCUACGAUGCCGUCAUCUUCGACCACAGGAUCGAGCACCCAGAGCGCGACGAGCAGCAUGCAGUCUACUUUCCCUCGCCAAUAUGCAGCGUCACAGAGGGCCACAUCGAGAUCACGUUCUCCCCUUGAAACAUCUCCGCUCGCUGUUGUUGCUAUGAUGCACCAGAAGGCAAUCCAUGUCCUCAUGAAUGGGACAAUGCCUCCACCUUCUGCCCUAUCCGCACUGCCUAACGCUGAGCGGCAGCGGCUGUUGGCAGUACAAGCCUUGCGGACAUACGGCUGGUCCUGGCCUGCCAUUCUUGAUAUGGAGUAUCCUCCAGCAGGUGAUCCAGCGGAUGGUUUGAAGUACGAACAAGUUGCCUUGAAUGGUCAACCAUACCUCUCACUGUCUAAUCCUAAUGCUACGCCCACCCCUAUCCAGCUACACGCUCUGAAGGUCUUAUCUUACACCUUCCCAAUCCUUUCAACGCCUCCUCCUGAGACCACCACUUUUCCGCCACCUGUUUCGUUCAGCUUCUCCUACACCGUCAACCCACACACUAAUCUCAAUGAACAUCUACAACGACUUGGUCUACCUCCGAUCCGCCUAGGACCAGGCCAGAUUCCCAAUCCAAACGUGCCUCAUAUGAACCCGAAUGAUCCCAACAACCUCCCAGGAGCGCCAGCACCCGUCGAGUUGCGACCCAUUCCCAUCCGCGCCGUCUUCUUCUCCCUCAUAUUGCUCAUCUUCCGCACAAUCUUUCUCUUGUACUUCUUCUCACCUUCGCGCCGUCCAUUCUUUGCACUUAUCCUGAGCGCGUGGAUCCUCUACGAGGGCUGGGGCGUUGUGCGCAUGAUCUUUGAGCGCGAGCGGCGUGAUCGGCGGCCCGCGGGCGGAGACGGCGCCGCGGACGUACGAGGUGGCGAGCAACAUGGGAACGGCGCGAUCGGGCAGAACCGCCACCGCCGGGGUGCAGCGCGCGCGAACCGCCAGCUGCAUGCCGUCCUCAAUGGCCUGUCGAGCCUCAACCUGCGCGGGGAAGAGAGGAUCCUGGAUUCCGGAGCGCCUGUACGUCCGCCGAGCCUCAGCCAUAGGAUCAAGUCGUUCGUGGCGCUGCUUCUGCUGACGCUUCACCCUGCGGUGUGGGAUCAUCGUCGUGCGGCUCUGCGCCGUCGGGAAGGCCGCUUACGGACGGAGGCGAGUGCAAUAGAAGCGGCGCGGAACGCUGAGAGCGAGACGAGUACGAGUGGGAGUGAGAGCGCAAGCACAGCUGGUCAGGACGAGGCGGCCAAGGCGAGGGCGCUCACGCAGGUGCACGAGAGGCGGCCGACGUGGGUCAAGGAAUACAUGCGCAGAGUGCAGACGACGGACUGGGCGGAUGACGUGUAGGGCGUCUGCGCUCGUGCGAGCUUGAAUAAUGGAUUUCGAUGUGUACUGAGAUCUCGAACUUGUUGUAUAUGUAUGAUAACGUU